AUGACUAGUGUGAGACGACUCUUGGCUGCCUCUGUAAUUUCUGUCCAGAACUCCUGCUUCAUCUAUCCUGCCUGUCAAAAAUGCUUUUCUAGACUGAUACUGGAUUCUAGGAGGUUUAACUGUCUAAAAUGCGGAUGCACAGGUGAAGCUAAAGAUGCAAGCUACAGAUAUAGAUUGUCCCUAAAGAUUGCUGACACUAAUGAUUUGUUUGACAUUACCGUAUUCGGAAGUUGCUUAGAUCCAUUCUUUGGGGUCACCGCAGAAAAUCUGCAGAGGUGUAUUCAAGACCUCAGUCAGCUCUCAGGAGAAACAAACAUAGAUGUAUCUCCAGGAGUUUUAGUUCAAGCGGUGGAAAACUGUUUCAUUGGGAAAAGAUUUAUAUUUGGAGUGAAGGGUUGUGCAAGGGAGCAUGGAGGGCAUUCUGCUGCCAGCAGCAUCUUGCAAAACUGUUCCAGAAUUAAUAGAAGUACAAAAACCCUUACAGCUUGCCAGAUCUUCAUGCCAAACGCUGCUGUUACUGGCUUUACUGUUAUCAGCUACUUCCAUCGGCUCCUGCAAUCAGCAAAAUUCAGGAGCUGUAAUAACAGCUCAUCCUUACUUGAUGCAUCUUCAGCUCCAAUAGAUGAACCUGUCUGUGAGCUCAGCAGCUUGUCUAGCCUGAGCAGAAACUCCUGUUCUGUUCAGUCAAGUGGCAGAGAAAGUUUUUUAGGGUUCUGGCAGCAGUCCUUCAGCCUGACUUCAUCUGUUGCUUGGGUAACAGCGGAGGACUUUCCCACUCUGGAAGUGGGAAAGUUGGUGAGUGAACAGCAUGAACAAGAGGGGAGGCCUGUCUCUGCAGAAUCAUGCAGUGUAAGCCUCAACAAACAGACUCUUUGGGAUUCGCUGUUUUUCAGCUCUUCUGUGAAGGAAGGGAAUAAAGAGGAGGGUAAUGAAUUUAGUUCACAGCCUAGGCGGACUGACAGUAUCUCUACAACUGAUGAAUUAGAGAGAAUAUCUUCUUCGAAGACUGAGUGUUCACGUGGAAACAGUUCCAGGUUGUUACAACAUCCCUUGGAACUUGGGGUAAAAAGCAUUUACCCAAAGACUAAAAGUAGAAAUUAUUCUUACCCAGAAAAAUCUCACAGCUCCCUUUUUUACAAGAGAGAUGCCUCAGCUUCUCGUCACAUAAAUGUAGCUGGAGUGCCUCAGAUGGACUCCGUGCUUUGGGAUGAGCUGCCAUUCUCAGAAAGCCUAAAUGAAUUUUUAGCCAGAAUAGAAGAUGGCAAGAGUGUUGUAACCUCACCCAGCCUUGAAUCAGGCAAACAUGCCUUUCUUGAAAGUAACAAGUUGGGUAUAAACUUUAACAAAGCGUAUUCCAGGCAAACCCUGGUAGCUGAUGAUUUUCUUGAAGCGAAAGUCUCGGGGAGGUUCUUGCCACCAGCAGAGAAUGAUAGUUGGGAGAACAUAUCAUUUGCUUGUCUUCAGUCAAAUGCAAGUCUUCCAAGUGGUGAAGUAUCACAAUGUGAGUCUUCCUUUAGUGUUUUAUUUUCAACUGACAAGCAAUGUGGAGCAUCUUGCUUUAUACCUCCUCUACCUAUUCUGUCACAGUCCUUGCCAUCAGAGCCUUCUGUUUCCGAGAGCAGAUACAUGCAGUCCAAAGAAGCAAAUAUUGACAUUUCAAAGUCAGCUUUGUCUUUUAUUAGUCUGCAGUGUACUGCUGAACAUGGAGAAACCUCCUGUUUAAAAAGGAGCAAGGCAGCUACCUGUGUGCAUUCUGCAUGUGACAGCUCUUUAGCUGGUUGUGAAAAUAAAGAAAACUCUUCUACGCCAAGCCAAAGAACACAUCUUAAAUUCACAGGGGCAUGGGACUCUGGUCCAGCAACUCCCAACAAUGCAAGAAGGAUAUGUAAAAGAGAACUAAAACCAUUGACAGAACUGUCAGAAAAUAUCUUCAAAAGUGUUAAGAGGAGAGAGAUGCUGUGGAACAAUAUCUUCCCUGAAGGCAGCUACAAUGCUUCUGCUGAUCUCUUUGAUGCGACUGUAAGAGAGGUAGCACAACCUGUAGAAUUUUUAAAUAAAUCAUGUAAUUCUUUAAUACAGGAUGAUACUUUGACAGAAAAGGUCGCAGCUCCUGAAUCAGUGCUUUAUCCUGGAGAUGUUCCCUGUAACAGUUCAAAACCAAGCUCAUCCCUACAUAGGUCCCCUCCUGGUUUUAGUAAGCACAGUACACCAGUAACUUACUCCUUUUGUGAUUCAGAAUGCAAUUCAGUUAGCGCUCAAGACUUCGUUCCUUAUUUGCAGUCAACUCCUAUGACGAAACCUCUCCAGAAGCAGUGGCCUGUUGGGGAAAGAAGCUCUUUUGUCACCAUCUUCACUCCUAAAAAUCCCACUAAAAUCCAUUCCAAAUGCAAGCGAUCCAGGUCUUCCUUUCAAAACACUCUGCUGCAGCAGCUUACUGGCAGGUUAGUGAAACGUGAAAGGCCGAGUAACAGGGAAGGCAAAGAAAGAAAUAGCUCUGUUUCACAGCAGUUCCUUAACAGCCAGCUGCCUGCUGGCUUUGAGGCGUGGAUCCCUCCGUCUGCUAAAAAAAGGAUGAAGCCAACUGCAUCUUUAAACUUAAAAACAGUUAGCUGGGCUACUGACUUGCAGUCAACCUGUGGGCACACUGGCAGGAGCCUUAUUUCUGAAAGCAAGGAGAAGAGUGAAAAUGAUGUAUGCUUCCGAACAGAGAGAUUAAACCCUGGGAAUACAACCAGGAUUCUAACAACUCCUGCAGGUGUCACCAAGGCCUUGUUUUUAAAUGAUACAAUCCCGGAAACUUGCUCCCCUUCAGCAGGCAAGAAUCUCCUCUCAAGCGCAAAUUAUUCAGGGGGUAUGUUGGAAGGGGCAACUGGCUGGUCUCCCGAGUUGUUCUUCCAAUCCAAUAAGCCAAAAUAUUAA